AUUGAAUUGUCUUGAUAACAUGAACAAACGUUUUAUUUUCUUAUACUUUUAAUUUUGUUCUAACACCGCCCUACUUGGUACGGUCCUUUGCCCUUUCACACAUGAUGCAGCGGCAAAGAUGUCUGCUAAUCAAGUGUGUACUGAAAACGCUAGCCAAAAUGUCUUAAUGUUACAAUUAUAGAACAUUUUCUUAUUUUUUUUUCUAUUUGAACGGGAGAAAUUUCGCAUUUCCUCGUAUUAAGUGAGAGACAACUAAAGAAAUAUGACGUCCAUUAUUAAGCUGACAGCAGUGUCAGGGGUGCAGGAGGAGUCUGCCCUGUGUUAUCUGCUGCAGGUGGAUGAGUUCCGCUUCCUCCUGGACUGUGGCUGGGAUGAGACUUUCUCAAUGGACAUUAUCGAUGCUAUGAAACGAUAUGUUCAUCAGGUUGAUGCCGUGCUCCUCUCCCACCCUGACCCCCUACACCUGGGAGCCCUGCCAUACGCUGUGGGGAAACUAGGUCUAAACUGCACUAUAUAUGCCACAAUCCCUGUCUACAAGAUGGGUCAGAUGUUCAUGUAUGAUCAGUUUCAGUCUCGAAACAACAGUGAAGAUUUCACACUGUUCACCCUGGAUGAUGUGGACUGUGCUUUUGAUAAAAUCCAGCAGCUGAAAUACUCUCAGAUUGUCAAUCUGAAAGGAAAAGGGCACGGUCUUUCCAUCACUCCUCUUCCAGCUGGUCACAUGAUCGGAGGGACUAUUUGGAAAAUAGUGAAGGAUGGAGAGGAGGAGAUUAUUUAUGCUGUUGACUUCAACCACAAGAGAGAAAUUCACCUGAACGGCUGCGUGUUGGACAGCAUAAGUCGUCCUUCUUUGCUUAUCACAGACUCCUUCAAUGCUAGAUAUGUACAGCCGCGUCGCAAACAGAGAGAUGAGCUGCUUCUUACCAAUGUAAUGGAGACUCUUCGCGGUGACGGUAAUGUCCUGAUCGCCGUGGAUACAGCGGGCCGUGUGUUGGAGCUGGCUCAGCUGCUGGACCAGAUUUGGAGAACAAAGGAUGCCGGGCUGGGAGCCUACCCUCUCGCUCUGCUCAACAACGUCAGCUAUAAUGUGGUGGAGUUCUCCAAGUCCCAGGUGGAGUGGAUGAGUGACAAACUCAUGAGGUGUUUUGAAGACAAGAGAAACAACCCCUUCCAGUUCCGUCACCUGACGCUGUGCCACAGUCUGGCAGACCUGGCCCGGGUGCCCAGCCCUAAGGUGGUGCUUUGCAGCCAGCCUGACCUCGAGGCCGGCUUCUCCAGAGAACUCUUCAUCCAGUGGUGCCAAGACGCCAAAAACUCUGUCAUCCUGACCUACCGCACCACACCUGGAACCCUGGCCCGCUACCUCAUCGACAACCCCGGAGAGAAGAUGCUGGAUCUGGAGGUGAGGAAAAGAGUGAAGCUCGAAGGCAAGGAACUGGAAGAAUUCCUCGAAAAAGACAAAGUCAAGAAAGAAGCAGCUAAAAAACUUGAACAAGCUAAAGAGGUGGAUGUAGACUCGAGUGAAGAGAGUGAUAUGGACGACGAUCUGGAUCAGCCCGUUGUGUUGAAAACGAAACAUCACGACCUGAUGAUGAAGAGCGAGGGCAGCCGCAAAGGCAGCUUCUUCAAACAAGCCAAAAAGUCUUAUCCGAUGUUCCCCACACACGAGGAAAGAAUCAAAUGGGACGAGUAUGGGGAGAUUAUCAGGCUAGAAGAUUUUCUGGUUCCUGAGCUGCAAGCCACAGAGGAGGAGAAAAACAAACUGGAUUCGGGGAUGACCAACGGAGACGAGCCCAUGGACCAAGAUCUCUCUAUUGUUCCCACCAAAUGUGUCUCCAGCAUAGAAAAUCUCGAAAUUAGGUCAGUGAUUCCUUAAAGGGGCCCGAACAUGCACCUUUUCCUGGUNCAUCUUGUCUCAACUUGUCUUCAUCUUGUCUCAAUCUUGUCUCACUUCUCAUCUUGUCUCAUCUUGUCUUCAUCUUGUCUCAUCUUGUCUCACUUGUCUCAUCUUGUCUUCAUCUUGUCUCAUCUUGUCUUCAUCUUGUCUCAAUCUUGUCUCAAUCUUGUUCGAUUGAAAGACUCCCUGGUGAGCUCGCUGCAGUUCUGCAAGGCCAAGGACACGGAGCUGGCGUGGAUCGAUGGCGUGCUGGACAUGCGCGUGGUGAAGGUGGACACAGGUGUGAUGCUGGAGGAGGGAGUGAAGGAGGAGACGGAGGAAGGCGAGAUGCCCAUGGAGGUCGCUCCUGAACUGGAUAUCGACCAAAACGCGACGGCGGUGGCCGCCCAGCGCGCCAUGAAGAGUCUGUUCGGAGAGGACGAGAAGGAGGUGUCCGAGGAGAGCGACGUCAUCCCCACGCUGGAGCCGCUGCCUUCCAAUGAGAUGCCAGGCCAUCAGUCGGUGUUCAUCAACGAGCCUCGCCUGUCAGACUUCAAGCAGGUCCUGCUGAGAGAGGGCAUCCAGGCCGAGUUCGUGGGAGGAGUGCUGGUCUGCAACAACAUGGUGGCCGUCCGCAGGACGGAGGCCGGGCGCAUCGGGCUGGAAGGAUGCCUGUGUGACGACUACUAUAAGAUCCGGGAGCUGCUGUAUCAGCAGUACGCCGUGGUAUAGCAGCAGCAGAGAGGAGGAGAGAGGAAGAGGAGGAAGUGGAGGAAGAGGAGGAGACGCAGCAGAAGAGCAAACCACGGCAGUACAGAGACAAUCCUUUACGAGGACUUUACCCAGAGGAGCAGAGUGUACCACACUCCCUCUGCCUUAUGGGCGGCUCCAGCUGUUUCACUGCAAACCCUGUUGUAUAUUUUCCCUUUUUAUAAUUUUUCUUUUUUCUAGAUAAUGUUUCUUCUUUUUUUUUUAUUGUUAGUUUACCUCUUUGAAUUGAGACAGAUGCUGUCCAUGGACUGACCUCUUUGUAAUCAACUCCUCCCUCUGUACAGUCCUGAUGCACUGGAUGGGAAAAUGGUGUUUCCCCCUAUCCUGUUGUCAUUAAAAACAGAUUUUUUUUUUCAAAUACGCGUCCCAGAUUUCCGCAUUUGGGGUACUGAACCCUCUUAACUACUUUUAAUACUUUCUGAGUAAAGUGGGGCCGCAGCAUCAAGAAUCUAAAUGUGGCUUCACGUUGUGUGCACAAUUCUUAAGCUUUGUAAAAAAAUGACUCUCUCACACAUUCACCGCUCCAUAUACUGUUUAAUAGAUGUGUUAGUUUGCCUCAUACUGAGCAUUGACAGGUGUUUUGUCAUCUCAAUUUUCCCACUUAUCAGUAAAAUUGUUAUCAUGCCA